GGCAGCGCGCACGCUGCUUUAAUGGUGUCAUCCGUGCGUUCACCAGGCACAGCAGACACAUACCCAGAGCAGGACGCAGGCAGGCAGGCUCCCAGACUAUCUGUCCCGUCGCUGGAGCCGAAGAAAUUCCGCGGCAGAGCGGGAACGAGGGCUGUCAGAGCUGCUGUGGGGAGAUCCCGGAGACUUCCCUGGAGAUAGGAUUAUCCUACGUCCGUAGCCCGCACCAACACACACACACACACACACCGCAAACACACUCCACAAACAUACACAUACAUACACACCCACACCCACACCGCAAACACACACACAGACACCACAAACACACACACACACACCGCAAACACACACACAUACACCACACACACACGCUACAAACAUACGCACAAAGGAAAGCCAGCCAGAAGGAGCAAGUCUGGGGAUUGAAACCCUGCUCGCAAAAGAAAAAGGAACAAGAGUGCAAGCUCUGCCAGGAUGUCCAAGCUAGUGGAGGUAAGGAUGGAAGAGUGCAACCUGACGACUGAGAAGCCUCCGAUCAAGGUGCCCGUCUGGAAACGGCUGGGGAGGAACCUGAGGAAGAACCUGCUGCUGUCUCUCACGGUAUUUGGUGUGAUAUUCGGUGCGUUCGCUGGAGGACUGCUGAGAUAUGUCGGCCGCAUACACCCCGACAUUGUCAUGAUCAUCGCCUUCCCGGGAGACAUCCUCAUGCGGAUGCUGAAGAUGCUCAUUCUCCCUUUAAUCGUCUCCAGUUUAAUCACAGGUCUGUCUGGUCUCGAUGCGAAGGCCAGUGGGCGGCUGGGCACCAGAGCCAUGGUCUAUUACAUGACCACCACCAUCAUUGCCGCUGUACUCGGUGUGAUCCUCGUCCUGGCUAUUCACCCCGGAGAUCCUGCACUGAAGAUUCAGCUUGGGGAAGGGAAGAAGAACGACGAGGUCUCCAGCUUGGAUGCCUUCCUGGAUCUCAUCCGGAACCUCUUUCCCGAAAACCUGGUCCAAGCCUGUUUUCAACAGAUACAAACAGUCACCAGUAAAGUGGAGAAUCCUGAGGAUCAGAGCAUUACCAACGUCUCGGCGAUCAUGAUGGAAGUUGUGAAUGAGACCCUUGGAGAACCGGAUGGACCUAGCUACACGAUCACAAAGGGCUUACAGUACAAGGAUGGGAUGAAUGUGUUGGGUGUGAUUGGCUUCUUCAUUGCUUUUGGCAUUGCCAUGGGCAAAAUGGGGGAGAGGGCGCAGCUAAUGGUGGAGUUCUUCAACAUCCUCAACGAGAUCAUCAUGAAGCUGGUGAUAAUGAUCAUGUGGUAUUCGCCCCUGGGUAUCGCCUGUCUGAUUUGUGGAAAGAUUGUGGCCAUAAAAGACUUGGAGGUGGUGGCCAGGCAACUGGGCAUGUACAUGGUGACGGUAAUCACUGGCCUUAUCAUCCACGGAGGCAUCAUUUUACCGCUGAUGUACUUUUCAAUAACCAGGAAAAAUCCUUUCUCCUUCUUAGCAGGCAUCUUCCAGGCCUGGAUCACUGCUCUUGGGACGGCAUCCAGUGCUGGGACCCUGCCCGUCACCUUCCGCUGUCUGGAGGAGAACCUGGGUAUUGACAAGCGGGUGACCCGAUUUGUUCUCCCAGUCGGGGCCACCAUCAACAUGGACGGGACUGCCCUCUACGAGGCUGUGGCUGCCAUAUUUAUCGCCCAGAUGAACAAUAUCCAUUUGGAUGCGGGGCAGAUAGUGACUGUGAGUCUGACAGCAACCCUGGCCAGUAUUGGAGCGGCCAGUAUCCCCAGUGCUGGGCUGGUCACCAUGCUGCUGAUUCUCACCGCCGUCGGCCUCCCCACUCAAGACAUCAGCCUCCUUGUGGCCGUCGACUGGCUGCUGGACAGGAUGAGGACCUCGGUGAAUGUUGUGGGCGACUCGUUCGGGGCCGGCAUCGUCUACCACCUGUCGAGGGAGGAGCUGGCGAACAUCGACGCCCAGCAUGCCCUGCUCGAGGACGGGAGAAUGGCCAAGACAUCCUUCAUGCACGAAGGCAUCAAGACCCACUACGAAAACACCGCGAGCCAGGCCAAUUACUCAGACAACUCUGCCCAGCCAGGAGAGGCCAAGGUCUCCAUACGGCCACUCGGGAAAGAGGAAGGAGCCCAGUUCGAAGAAGCAAGUUUGUAAGCACAAGACUACAAGCAGCCCAGGCACCGUGUAUGUGUCUCACCACUACCCCUUGCCCUGCCUGAGAGUAAUGUGAGUUGUUUAUGUUGUAAGGGAAGACAAUGACAUUGUUGCACACCCGGGGUUUAACCCUCUUCUCUUUGCUCUACUGGUUUUGCCGACUUGUAUUGUAAUCAAGCACAUCGUUUAGACCUAACUGGUUGGCACAGGCCAUUCUCAGGGAAGUGAUCUGGUUUAAUGCGUGACACUGCCAUUAGUGAGAGCCGCAAGUGCAUUAGUCCAGCGAUGUACUCCCCCAGUUCUGUUUUCCCCCUCUCUCUCUCCCCACCCCCCCCCCCCGGGCAUGUCCCUCGCACUGUGCUCUGGGCAAUGUGCCUCAAUGCAAUCAGAGCAGCCAACAGGCAAAGCUGAGCACUUCCUCGUAGAUCAAGCUUCAGUAUUUGCCCAGGGGCCUGCCGUUGGGGGAGAGGGUGGAGGAAUAACCUGCAGUGCCAGCUCCACACUAGCCUGGACCUUCACUGCCUCGGGACAAUGCAGAUCCUCUCCCUGUCCCGAAUCCCUCAACCUGACAGGCCCUGGGGGAAACAGAUCCUGACAGAUUCGCACCAGCUUCCCUCAUUUUGGGUCCCCCGAGGGGCCUGAGAGGGGGGACAAGGUUCAAUAUCCCAGCGGCCAAGAUGUCCAGGACACUGGGUAUCCUGACAGAGCCGCCCACUGGCCCAGCCUCUCCUUUUCUCCCAAUGCUUCCACAUAUUCUUCCCAUGUCCCCGCACCUCUCGGGAGACCCGCAAGCACAAGACAGAGUUGGGGCUGCUCAUGCGAGGAAUAGCUGAAGUUCACCCACCUUUGGCUCAGGCCAGGCAGCUUCUGCGACGGCCAUUGCCGAGGUGGGGAGCUUCGGAGAUACUUCUCAAUGGCGCGUCCCAACCUUUGUAAGUCCACAUCACCAGCAAGAUGGAGUUCUCAGCUGACCCCGUUAUCGAGCUCUUCAAACAUUGAUCUUGGACCAUGGUGCCAGAUCCAUGCUGACCCAAUAUCUUGCAUAUAUCUCCUUCAACCAGGUGCCUAAUUCUAAUCAUCACUUACUUUAACUAAAAGCAGCUUAGGCACCUGACUAAUCCACCCCCGACUAUCCAGUUCAAACUAAAAACCUUACUAGCUUGAGUUGCCUUGCUAGGUUGGGAGGGUAGGGGUGAGUAGGUGAAUUGUUUUGUUACCCCUGAACCCAUCCCACUUGACACCCCACCCCUUGUAAUGACAGCAGCCAACAUGGGUAAAUCUGGGCUCUUGACCCAAACGAGGGCAAAGCAGUCAUUCUCAACUGUGAAUGUUUUGCCUUUGAUGGUGCCCAUCCGCCCACUGGGUAGAAUGGUGCUGGGUAAAUAUUCUCCGUACACAACCCGUUCCCCAGACCCUGCCUGAGACACCAGCACCAUGGACAAGCACAAGUCUUAUGUCGAACUUUUCUCUCUGCCAAUUCAAAUGUCUCAAAGUUUCACAAGAGUGCCAAAUGAUGCCCAAUGUCCUGGGGCUCGGUUCGGCCACAAAGAAGUGAGGGAGGAUAUUUGGCUCAGGAAUGUCUUCUGCUGCCAAUCCUUGGCACGAGGAUUGCAGACGUAGACUCUACCUGAGCAUCCUAACCCUCGUGUGCAGGGGAUGGGUGAAUUUUUAUUUAAAAACAUCGUUCGCCUUGUAUAACAGGCAUACUCUAUUGCACUCGGUGCAAUUAGAUUUCAAAAGCUCUCUGCUGAGAGAUUCCACAGAUGGAAGAAUCUCCCGGAGAGCAAUCUUUGAAGCAGAUUUGAAUUGGCUUCAAGGAUGCAGUUGGUUCAUGCUGUUCAGUGUUAACUGGUUUUCUACUUUCUCAGAGUGUCUCCUUGAGCUGUUGUAAUACUGUGGACUAUUAUUAAAUUUUGUACUUGUGUCUAAUGUAAAUCUUGCAUGAUAUUUAGUGCACAUACUACUUUGAAGCAAUCGGGCGACAUUGGCUGUUAAUUGUUCUUAGUUUUUACGCCAUAAUUUUUAUAUGUUCAAGUAACUUCUUAACCUCAGCUUUCCAAACUCCCUAAAAGAACUUGGUUUGCCUUUUGAUAGUUAAAGUUUAGCAGGUGUAGGAAUCUGCUUGUGUGCGUGCGUGUGUGUGUGUGUGCGUGCGUGCG